UUGACGUUAAGUUAGUUAGUUAGUUAGUUAAUUAGUUAAAUGAGGACAUAAGGUAACAUUAUGCCGGUAAUAUCUCUAUUUUUUUGCUUUGGAGAUAAGUUUUACUUUGUGUUGGUGGUGUUGCUAUGCUAGCUAGCUAUGCUUGAAACAUGAUAAUAUUGCUCCGUGACUGCUGGUUGUGUAGGGAGCCACUGGAGAGGGGCUAAAGAGCCGCAUGUGGCUCCGGAGCCAUGGGUGGCAGACCCCUGCUCUGGAGGGAUACACAAAGAUUUUGUCCAUGUUGCACUGACAGAAGUUUCUAUGGCAGUUACAGUGAGUUAUGACAAUUUCCUGGUCUACGUUUGUGUGCACAAGUAUGGGGUGGAGUGUGCGUAUGGACACUGCACAUAUAUAUAAGCCCAUGUGGUGGGCUGUGUGUGCAGUUCCUCCUGGUUUCAUCUGGUCUCCUGCAGCGAGAGACCAUCAGGCAGCAUGACCUCACAGCGAUGGAUGCUGGCAUUCUGCUUUGCACUGGCCUCAGUUUUAGGCACAGGGGAAUCAGUCACAACAACAGAAACUCAGAAAUACACUUGCAGGACGUUUGGCAGCGGAGUCGUCCAGCCUUUCAACGGUUCAAGUUACUACGUUCGGUCUAACUGCCCGUUCACCCUCACCCGCUUCACCCACAACCGGGUGGAAUGUGAUAUCACCGUACGGCGAGGUGACAACGGGCUGCUGGUCCAAGUCGAGAUCAUCAUCAACAAAGUCAGGACUGUUGUGCAGAACGGAAACAUCCUGGUGGAGAAGAAAAGUGUUUCCCUUCCGUACGACCACACCUACCAGCACAUCUUUCAGUACGGCAUCUACACUAAACUGAAGAGCUCGCUGCUUCCUCUGUCGGUCACCUGGCACAACCUACCUGGAGGAAUAGACACUGUGUGGGUGGAGCUAGAGCAGGAGCUGAGCACCGACAUGACUGGACUGUGUGGAAAACACAACGUCUCAGGCAACGGGCAGCAGUUGGUUACGGAGAGCGUGCUCGCUGAUGACACAUGUCAAACCCGAGAUCUUGUCUCCGCUGUGAAUCCAGCAUGCAGAAUGUUCUUUUCCUACACCUUGGAUUGUCUGCGAGACAGGACGCCUCAUUACAUGCAACUCUGUGAAGAGAACAUUUACCUCUACGAAACAAGCGGAUACAUCGGCUGUGCUUUCUUCAAAGAAGUUGUCCGACAGUGUGGAAAUGAAAGCUACGCCUGGAAAGUAUGGAGAACUUUAACUGAAUGUGCGGAGCCGACUUGUCCAGGAGACCUGGUUUAUGUAGAACAGGGACCGCCCUUUCUUCCCAGCUGCUCCAACAUGAACCCUACAUUCUCCAACCAGGAACUCACCAGCUCCUGUGUCUGCACAAAGGGUGAGGUGCUUAAUGAUCGCGCAGAUGGCUUCCACUGUGUGAGUGUGUCCAGCUGCCCCUGUGUGUUUGCUGGCAAGAGCUACUCAACCAGGGACAUACGCAGCACCAAGUGUCAGUCAUGUAUGUGUGACAGCGGGAAAUGGCGAUGCUCUGAAAACCUCUGCCCCACCAGAUGUCUAAUUGAAGGGCAGUUUGUGACAACAUUCGAUGGCAAACAAUUUGUCGUCCCUGGUAAAUGCACGUAUGUAGCUUCACAGGGUCUCAACUGGACAAUAACAAUAGAGUUUUCUGCAAAGGCGCCCUCUCUGACAAAAGUUAUUUUUCAGAUUCUUCAGGACUCGUAUACAUUCUCACACAACAAGGUUAAAUUAGGAGAAGAGGACAUGACUGAACUUCAUCAGUCUGAUCAUGCUCUGGUUUUCUGGCAGUCCUCCUUGUACGUCCAAGUCCACACAUCCUUCGGUAUGAAGAUCCAAGUCCAGAUGUCUCCUGAAAUCCAGCUGUACAUCACCCCACCCAGAAACCACACUGGCAUGAUCUCAGGUCUUUGUGGCAACAGCAACAACGACACCACAGACGACUUCACCACCAGCAGCGGGAUCAUCGAGAAUUCGGCUCAACCGUUCGCUCAGUCCUGGAGUGUUGGUGCUUGUCCUCGGAACAUACCCCCCACCUGCAUCAACACUGACAACGAAAUAUAUGCUGAGGAAAUGUGCUCUGUGUUGAACAACCCAACUGGGAUAUUUGCUAAGUGCCAUGAUCACAUCCCAACUGAUCACUACCACACGGCUUGCAUCCAAAGAACAUGUAACUGUGGCAACAGUCCGCCUCAGUGCCUGUGUGUUGCUCUGGGCAGCUACGCCAAAGCCUGCGCCAGUCUGGGUGUUGUAAUUGGUGACUGGAGGAAAGCUACCAACUGCACUCUGACAUGUCAGAACAACCAAAAAUUCUCCUACAACAUGCAAGCCUGCAACCACACAUGCCGUUCCCUGUCUGGCUUCGACCCUACCUGUGGGCUGGACGACGCUCCCGUGGAGGGCUGUGGCUGUCCGGAGGGAACCCAUCUGAACCAAGGAUACAUCUGCACCCGAAAGUCAGAGUGCGGUUGUCACUACCACGGCGGUAUAACAGCCCCGGGAUCUAUUAUUAUCGAAGGACGAAAGUGUAUCUGUGAGAAUGGAGAACUGCACUGUUCUCCGGAUUGUGGGUGCAGAAAUGGGAAGGUUUGUUUUCAUUGCUCCGAGUUCCCAGUUAACACGGCUCAGAAAACCUGUGACAGUCUCAGCAAACCAAUGGUGACCAAUAUGACCUGUGAGAGUGGCUGCUACUGCCCACAUGACCAGUAUGAGGAUCACCGUGGAAACUGUGUUCCUCUGGACAACUGCACCUGUGUGUACAGUGGCAAAGUAUUCAGCGUGGGACAGCACGUCAAAACCAACUGCAAAACAUGUAUCUGUGGUCAGGGUCAGUGGCACUGCAGAGACGAGCCUUGCCCCGGGAAGUGUCAAGUUUAUGGGAACGGACACUACCAGACCUUCGACUCCAAAUGGUACCGCUUUGAUGGACAAUGCCAGUACAUACUUGUAGAGGAUGACUGUGGAAAUGGAAAGGGCACCUUCUCUGUCAGAGUGGAGAGCGUCCCCUGCUGUGAUGAGGCGCUCACCUGCUCUCGCUCCAUCAUCCUCGACCUUCAGGGCGAAGUCACCCUGACACUGAGCGACAUGAAGGUGACCAGACGCCACCACAAAGGCUGGUCUCUGCAGGAAGAUCCGCUUUACUCCACGCACACCGUGGGACUCUACAUCAUAAUCUCAGUGCCGAGCAGAGGGAUCACUCUCAUCUGGGACAAACACACCCGGAUCACCAUCGAGCUGCAUGCGUACUGGAGGAACCGAGUGUGCGGCCUCUGUGGCAAUUUUGACUCCAAUGAGAUGAAUGACCUUCAGAUAAGUGGCUCAGCAGUGGAGUCCAGUCCUCUGGCAUUUGGCAACAGCUGGAAAGCCGCCACACCUCCUUGCUCUGAUGUGACCACUGAGAUAUUUCCAUGUGAACGCAACUCCUACUGCUCAGCCUGGGCCCAGCGGCGCUGUAUGAUCCUUACAGGAGACACAUUCAAUGAUUGCCACUUAAAAGUGGAUCCAGAUCCCUACUACCAUGCCUGUGUGCAGGAGUCUUGCUCCUGUGAGUUUGAAGGGAAGUUCCUGGGCUUCUGCACAGCUGUGGCGGCCUACGCAGAGGCCUGCAGCGAACAGGAUGUGUGUGUAAAAUGGAGGACGCCUGAUUUGUGUCCGGUCUACUGUGACUACUACAACGAGCAGGGCCAGUGUAGCUGGCACUAUGAAGCCUGCGGUGAGACGCUAACCUGCGGCAAAGACAACUAUGUGACUCGCAAGCUGGAAGGCUGCUACCCAAGAUGUUCAAAGGAGGCACCAUACUAUGAUGAAAAUACUGGUGAAUGCACCAAAUUGAGAAACUGCACCUGUUAUUUUAAUGACACUAUCAUUCAGCCUCGGGCAGUGGUGAUGAUACAGUCUACUGAGUGUCGCUGUGAAAAUGGAACAAUGAACUGUCCACCUCCGCCCACUACUACACCUGCUCCUACAUCAAACCCUCCCACCACAGCUGCCUCAACCACCACUGAAACAACAGUGCUGUCUACUACCACUACACCAACAACCACAACUGCUUCAACUAUCACCGAAACAACUGUGUUUUACACUACCACUACACCAACAACCACAACUGCUUCAACUACCACCGAAACAACAAUGCUUUCUACUACCACUACACCAACAACCACUGAAACGUUGUCAACAACCACCUCUACACCGAUGACGACCAUUCCCAAUGUCUCAACUACCACAGAAAAUUGGUCAACUGAGGUUUCCACCACCUCUACACCAACAACUACAACUACCUUAACUACGGCUGAAACAUCGUCAACAGCGCCCCCUACCACCUCUACACCAAUGACGACCACUACCAAUGUCUCAACUACUACUGAAAAUUGGUCAACAGAGCUUUCCACCACCGUUACACUAACAAAUACAACUUCCUUAACUACAGCUGAAACAUCGUCAACAGCGCCCCCUACCACCUCUACACCAAUGACGACCAUUCCCAAUGUCUCAACUACCACAGAAAAUUGGUCAACUGAGGUUUCCACCACCUCUACACCAACAACUACAACUACCUUAACUACGGCUGAAACAUCGUCAACAGCGCCCCCUACCACCUCUACACCAAUGACGACCACUACCAAUGUCUCAACUACUACUGAAAAUUGGUCAACAGAGCUUUCCACCACCGUUACACCAACAAAUACAACUUCCUUAACUACAGCUGAAACAUCGUCAACAGCGCCCCCUACCACCUCUACACCGAUGACGACCAUUCCCAAUGUCUCAACUACCACAGAAAAUUGGUCAACUGAGGUUUCCACCACCUCUACACCAACAACUAGAACUACCUUAACUACGGCUGAAACAUCAUCAACAAUGCCCCUUACCACCUCUACACCAAUGACGACCAUUCCCAAUGUCUCAACUACUACUGAAAAUUUGUCAACUGUGCUUUCCACCACUGCUAAACCAACACCUAGAACUACCUUAACUACCGCUGAAACAUCAUCAACAGCGCCCUCUUCCACCGCUCCACCAAUGACGACCACUAUCAAUGUCUCAACUACUACUGAAAAUUGGUCAACAUCGCUUUCCACCACCUCAACACCAACAACUACAACUACCUUAACUACCGCUGAAACAUCAUCAACAGCGCCCCCUUCCACCUCUACACCAAUGACGACCACUAUCAAUGUCUCAACUACUACUGAAAAUUGGUCAACAUCGCUUUCCACCACCUCAACACCAACAACUACAACUACCUUAACUACGGCUGAAACAUUGCCAACAGCGCCCGCUACCACCUCUACACCAAUGACGACCAUUACCAAUGUCUCAACUACUACUGAAAAUUGGUCAACUGUGCUUUCCACCACCUCUACACCAACAACUACAACUACCCCAGCUACAUCUGCUACAUCUGCUGAAACCUCAGGUCCAACUGAAGUAACCAUGUCAGAAGCUCCAACUGAAACAUUUACCUCUUCUACACAUUCAACCACUCAACCCACUACCACCUUCUCAGAAGCAACAACGUCUCAGGGAGUGACGUCUAAAUCCACGACGAUGCCCCCAACAACAUACACCACCGAGAUGCCCACAAGUGAAGGAUUUACCAAUGCAACAUCUACCACUGAACUGAUAACUACAACUUCCUCAACUACGGCUGAAACAUCGUCAACAGCGCCCCCUACCACCUCUACAUCGAUGACAACCAUUACCAAUGUCUCAACUUCUACUGAAAAUUGGUCAACAACUACAACUGUACCAAGCUUAACAACCAAGGAACCACCAGUGUGUGAGUGUACAGACCUGAAGAGGAGAAAACGCUGGGAUUGCGGUGAGACGUGGACAGAGGACUGCUUCCAUAAGAACUGUACAGAUGGGAAGAUAGAGUUGACUUCAGUGGUUUGUCCAGAGUCUACAAUUCCCAACUGCCCCAGAGAACAGGCCACAAAAGUCUCAGAUGGAUGCUGUGAAACAUGGAAGUGUGAUUGUCGCUGCGAGCUAUAUGGGGACCCCCACUACAUCUCUUUCCAAGGUGUACCCUUCGAUUUCCUGGACGAAUGCACCUACAUCCUGGUGGAGGAGCGGUCACCGCGUCAUCAUCUGACCAUUGCUGUGGACAACGUAGACUGUGUGCCGGGCCUGCAGGGCUCUUGUGCUAAAGGCAUCAUCCUGAAAUAUCAGGACAAUAUAGCUACACUCCGUAUCCUACCGAUAUUGUUUGGAGUACAGGCAACUCUGAACAACGUGACCAUAGAGCCACCAUAUGAGGAGCACGGGUUUAGGUUUGAGACCACGAGGUACAUAGUGUCAAUCUACCUCCCAGAGGUCCGCUCUUAUGUCUCCCUCAGUCCGUCUUACACCCUGGUGGUCAGUCUGGCCAUGGAGUACUUCCUCAACAACACCCAGGGACAAUGUGGUGUAUGUGGCGUUGCAUCAUGUAUCCGUAAAGGAGGGCAGAUCGAGGAUGACAGCUGCUGUGAUAAGACAGCCUAUGACUGGGUGUACGCCGACCCGCUGAAGCCGGCCUGUGCUUCUGCAUCAAGGGACUUACCUUGUUACUCAACCACUACAGUACCCCCUUACACAACCACUACCACCCCCUGCCCUGCGAGCUCACUAUGUGAGCUGCUACACCACCCAGUCUUUUCAAAUUGCAGCGGGUACGUAAAUCUGGCCCUUAAAAAGAAGAACUGUGAGUUUGAUUCAUGCAGGAAUGGUCCUUGCUCAUCACUAGAGCAAGCUGCUGAGGAAUGCAUGAAGGCUGGUGUCCGUGUUGGCUGGAGAACACUGACUAACGGAAGCUGUAAUGUGACAUGUCCAGACGGAUUGGUUUACAGAGAAUAUCGUGACAAGCUGGAUGACUUCUGCUUUGGAGGAAUGCGUUAUCGAGGAGCGUCCCUCGUGAACGGCAGGGAAGGCUGUUUUUGUCCCAGCGGCCUCUUCAGGGCAGGAAAUCACUCUCACAUCUGUGUGUCUGACUGUCCCUAUUGUAAAGGACCACUCGGUGAGCCCAGAAAGGGUGGCGAGGUGUGGCAGUCCGGCUGUUACCAAUGUACAUGUAACAACAAGACUCACACAGAGGAGUGUGUUCCAAAACCCCCGGAACCAGCUCCCCUCUGUAGCCCCACUGCUGUACUGAUAAACACCUCGAUGUACACCUCCUGCUGUGGUGAUCAGAUUUGUGUUGAGAAGACAUGCAGUUAUCGUGGACAAACAUACAAGGUGGGAGACAGUUGGAAGGAUGCCAUCCAUCCCUGCAUGUCAUUAAGUUGCAGCAAAGAGGGCAUUCAGACUGAGACGAGAGUCUGUCCCAGAGAAGACUGUCAGGAGGAGGACAGAAUCUGGGACGUCCAACACUGCUGCUUUACCUGUAACCAGAGCUGUGCUCCGAAGGUGACCGCUGUCAGCGUCACAGUAGAAAACUGUACCGCCGUCAUGCAGAUACCUGUGUGUCAGGGCCAAUGUGUGUCUCAGCCCAGAGUCGUGUUACACGGUUAUCUGAUGGUGAAGCAGAAUUGCAGUUGCUGUCAGGACUGGAGCUCCGAGAGGAGACCAGUGACCCUGCAGUGCUUGGACCUCUCGACCAGACAAUACCACUACAAGCACAUCACCAGCUGUGAGUGCACAGCCUGUAGCAUGUUUCCUACUGGAGAAAUACUGUAAUGACAGCACAUACCAGAGCCAAGAAUAACCUUUUUAGUAAUGUAUCCUUUAGAUUUCCAAAUCAAAAUCUAAUAUAUUCAAAUUCAAUGAAUUAUUAAUUAAAACCCUGUUCUUUAUUUAUAGCAAUCACUGAAUCUCUCUAUCAAAUAAAUCACUGACUAAUUGCCAAAGUUUGUAGUAUGCAUCUUCUUCCAGUGCAGUAUUGCAACUUAAAUCUACUCUAUUCACACUUUAUCACCCUAAGUACCGAUUGGCAGCCAUACAGCCGCUUUGAUCACUCCCAUUUCUGCCAAUAACGAGUCUUCCAGGACGUCAAAGGUUGUUUCACUGCAAAAAAAAAAUCAUAGUUUCUCAAUAGUGGUAUCAAGCCAUGCUGUUAGAUUUGAUUUGCCCAGGCUUUUGAGAUACUGAGAUUUCUGCCUUCACCCCAACACAAUGAAAGUAGAGGAACUGUUCUUGUGGUGCUCAUAGCACUGAAAAAAGGUCGACAGCAAGCGUCUCUUUCCAGAAUAAACAUCAUUGUUACUCU